AUGGAAAACUACAGCUCGAGUUAUCAGAGGAGAUUUGAAGCAGCUGUUAAAGUGAUGAAGACUUUACCUGAGGAUGGUGCCUUAGUGCCAUCUGAAGACAUGCUGGUCACGCUGUACGCCCACCACAAACAAGCCACGGUCGGAGUCUGCCCCGACAGCACCGAGCCCCGCGGCCGGGACGCUCUGAGCAAAGCCAAGUGGAAGGCCUGGAAGGCCUUGGGUGACAUGUCUAAGGAAGCAGCCAUGAAGGCGUACGUGGAGGAGAUUCUGCUGAUUCUGGAGAUGAUCCCUGUGACGGAGGAGGUGUGUGACCUGCUGGAAGUGCUCGAAACCUUUUACGAGGUGGUGGAGGACGAGGACGAGGAGACGACCAGCAAGCCUGCGACGUCAGCGUUCACGGACACAGAUAUGACCAGGCUAACGGUGGCUAACAGAGCUGAGAGAGGAGGAUCUCCGGUGUGUACACACGGCUCCUUAAACACGGAGGAGGACGAGGAGGAGAAGGAGCACCGCCGGGAGACGAGUCAUGGCUCACCAGAAGCCCUUCUUCAGCAGCUCCCUGAUGAUUGUCUUACAGAUGGCGGUGAUGUCAGUGACCCGGGACGGCCGAGUGAGGUGUACAGUGACUUAGUCAGAGCUGAAGAGGGUUCAGGAGGCCGAGGAGCUGCCGAAGCUCGAGCCAAAACGCCAGAGGGGCGAGGGAGAGACACAGCGCAUGAGGGUGUGAGUCAGGAUGGAAGACCACAUGGCGCAGCACGUCCCCCCCUCUGCACAGCGGCACAUGGACCGGUCCAAUCUGUCAUCGAGUCUGCAGGGAGAGCAGGAGGCGAGGGCUUUAAUUUAAUAUCAGGGUGUAGGUGGACAGGAGAGUCUGUAAGUAACAUCAUGACGUUGUUGAAUGAAGGUACAGUCGGCAGCGAUGUGACGAGGGAUUCGGUGGACACACAGAUCACAGAGGCGUUGUCACGGCUACAGGACGACAUGCGGAGCGUGUUAGCGAAGGUGAACACACUGGAGGCUCGGGCCGAGUUAAAGGUUAAAAGCCUCGCUCUCCGCCGCGAGCCUCACACAGACCUGUCUUACAAGCGGCUUUCUGUGAGUCCAUCAGUCGUCUCUCAGAUGGGAUUUCUGUUCGUCUGGCCUUUCGUGACGCACUUCUUAAUGCAGAUUUACCUUAAGAGGAAAAAAAGAGGAUGAAGCUAAGAAUCGGUCCAACACGCAGAAUGUGAAAGCAGCCAAAAACACUGACGAACGUCACCGUGACUGCACUCCUGUCCUGAUUUUAAUAUGUCCCUGUUAAAUCUCACCAUCGCCCCCUGAUUACGGCGCCGUCACCGUCCCAGAGCUGGACGUCUGAGGGAUCGAGACAGAGCUGACCGCUAGGUUUAGGUUUAGGAACGCUAAUCAGAAAGAAAAAAGCAGAAAAAAAACAUGUCAUAAAAAUAUACAGUUGUUGAUAGAAUAUUAAAUGAUUUUAAAUGGUUUCUAAUAGAAAUUGUCUAAAGUUGAUGAGAACUUAAAGGAUGUAAAUUUUGUUGUGACGGAAUUGUUUUGUUAAAAAUAGAGGUAACAGGAAUGACGCAUAAA